AGAAUCACACGCACACAUUGUCCAACACAAGGGUUUCAAAAAAAAAAAAUUGUAAUUUCUUUUCUUUUUAACCUUUUUAUUCAUCGAAGCAUGCAUUAUAAAGGUAGCUGUAGAUGUCAAUAAAGCAUAUAACACUACCCUCUUUUUCUAAUAUGUGUUGGAUGGUCCCCAAUUGGGAAAAAAAAUAAUAUAUUAACCUUCCACACCUAGUGUGUGCCAUUGGGAAAUUAAGAUGUAAACUACAAGAAAGACCACCAGGCUUCAUUAGUAUUUAGUAGUAGGCAGGUGAUUGUUCAGUAUGUGGUAUGAACAAUUUGAUAAAAUCCCUACUAACUAGUCUAGUUGGCGUGUCAACAGGGUCUGGCAACACAUGGUAGCGGAUGCGCCAUACCUUUAUUCUUUUCAUCCUUCACAAUAUGAUGCGGUUAAAUUCUGGCAUCUUUAUUUUCUUCUUUUUCUUUUUCUUUUUUUUUUUUCUCUUUUUGUCUCUAAAAUGAAGAGAGUUCUUCUUUCAAAAGGGCUAUUCUUGUCUAAUUAUAAAUUUGAUGAAACUUAAGUUAAAGAAUUAGACAUAAGUAGAACUUUCAGCAUGUUAUUUUACUUUCCGGCUACUAUUCCUGUUUCCUCUUCCUUAGUGAAGCUAUACAUUCGAGUAGCAAAAUCGAUUAGUCUGGAAGAAGCCUACUAGAGGUUUUGAUCUGCCUGAUGUUUUGCAACUCAAUAAUGAGAAAGAUAAGAUGAUUACAAGUUCAAGAGAAAAGGGUUUUCAAGCAAAGCAAGAGGGUGAUGCUAAUGACAAUAAUAAGAAGUUCUCCAAGGCACCGUCCACUUCAAGACAGUGGUCAGCAUUUAGGAAUCCAAGAAUUGUACGCGUUUCGCGUUCUUUCGGAGGAAAAGAUAGGCAUAGCAAGGUUUGCACUAUAAGAGGAUUGAGAGACAGGAGAAUCAGGCUUUCUGUUCCCACAGCGAUCCAGUUAUAUGAUCUUCAAGAUAGGCUUGGUUUAAGUCAGCCUAGCAAGGUAAUAGACUGGUUGCUUGAUGCAACUAAAGAUGACAUUGAUAAGCUUCCACCGCUCCAAUUGCCUCAAGGAUUUGGUCAAUUCCAUCAACAGAUGCUAGUUUCUCAUGAAUCAAACUCAUCUCAAUCUUCUCUUGCUCCUUUCUUCGAUGUAAAUUCAACAUUCAACAAGGAUAUUGGGUUUCAUUCAUUAGGGAUAAAGGUCAAUAAUAGUAAUCUUGAUGGUGACCACCAAAACAGUAUAAUAAUGGGAAAAACAAAGUAUUGGGAAGCAGAAGCAGAAACUUCAAUGAGAGCUACAAGUAGUAGUACAAGUGAGAAAGGAAAAUGGGUCAGAACAAAUGAUCAUGAAGAAAAUCAAGAUGGGGUACUUUCAGCUCAAAAAUUGUUCCCUCUUGCUUCUACUCAUUCUUCCUUUCCUGGCUUGCUAAACAACCCCAUUCCUUUCAAUUCACACUAUCAUUGGGAUGCUUCAAAUUUAUCUUUAUCUCAAUUUGGAACAAAUCAUGGAAUGAUCAUUCCUCAACCAGAAAAUUCUGCACUCGACAGCAACACUAGUACUGUUGCAUUGCCAGCUUUCUCCUCGGGUUCUCAGUUCUUUUUAUGUCCUCCGGCAACAGUAUCAUCUUUGUUUCCACAAUAUCCUCCUUAUGUUGCCACUCCGUUGGAGAAUAAUGAGCCGAGGGAAACAAACCAUUUUCAGUGGUUGACUUCAUCAUCAGCUAAUAAUCCAAUGAAGAAUUUCUCGUUGGGUGUAAAUCCAGGGCUUGUUCAUCAUCAUUCUCAAAGGAGUAGUGCAAGCCAACCUGACAAAGAUAAUGCAGCCGAUACUUAAUGCGAUUCAUGGCCAGCUAUGACUUUUCUCCUGCUAUUGCUCAAUUAGUUCAUCUUGACUGCAUACCUCUGAUCUUCAGCAUGGUAUAGAGAAAGUGCAGUGUCCUACUGUGCUGAAAUUCUCUUUCUUUAUAUUUGCUACAUUAAGACAAUUCUUGAAAUGGCACCUCUGAUCAUUUCAUGCCUCAAGUUUACUCAAGGCCUUGUCAUAUACAAGCAAAUAUAUCACCUGGGACAGGAUCUGUUUCUUUCUCAUUGGAGAGCAAGGAAUUUUCCAAAAUAAUACAAGUAAGAAACUAAAUACUUUCUUCUCUCAUGUGUCAGUUACAUUUAAGUAUACAAAUUAAUUAUCUGCAGACAGUGAUUCGGACGAGUUAAAGUUUGUAAUAUGGCAAUCUUAUAUACAUUUGCAAUUUGGGUAUUAAUUUGUUUCUGUUGCUAACAAUUCGUAAUCUGAAUACUAUGUUGAUGCACAUUAAUUAA